UCACUUUUCUUCCCCUCCUACAAUCAUAUUUUAUUACCACAUUUCUUUCACGUUCUCUUCAAGUCCAUUUCACUAAUACAAGACCCAUCCCAUCCACCGUACUCCUCCUCUACCACUUAGCACGCCCCCUCCCCAAUCCCUUCCUCUUCCCUCCUCCACACUUCAACAUCUCUCUCUGAACAAUUAAUUAAUUCAAAAACAAGAGCUUGUUCCAGUGUUUGUUUCAUUGUGUUUGAUUGCAGGAUCAACCCUGGAACCCAAACAUCAUCAUGAAUUGCCCACAAGAUUGGCCAGAACCAAUUGUCCGAGUCCAAUCCUUGUCCGAGAGUGGCUUGAAAGCACUCCCCGAUCGAUACAUCAAGCCACAAACCCAGAGGCCGGUGAUAAUUUCCGGCAGCCAAAAUGAUGUUAACAUCCCAUUGAUUGAUCUAGGAGGCCUAUUUGGCGAUGACAGUGCUCUUCGAGCAACCACUCUGGCUCGAAUCUCCGAGGCGUGUCGAGAGUGGGGGUUCUUUCAAGUUGUGAAUCAUGGGGUGAGCCCUGAGCUGAUGGACCGUGCCAGGGAAGUGUGGAGAGGAUUUUUUCAUCAACCCAUGGAGGUGAAACAAGAUUAUGCGAAUUCUCCAAAGACUUAUGAAGGGUAUGGUAGCAGAUUAGGAGUCACAAAAGGUGCCAUUCUUGAUUGGAGUGAUUACUACUUCCUUCACUACCUUCCUGGAUGCUUGAAGGAUCAUAAAAAGUGGCCUGCACGUCCAUCUUCUCUCCGGGAGGUGAUUGAUGAAUACUCAGCAGAAUUGGUGAAGUUAAGUGGGGUUUUAUUGAGGGCUUUCUCAGGAAACCUUGGAUUGGAAGAGGAUUAUCUCCAAAAUGCAUUUGGUGGUGAAGAUAUUGGAGCCUGUCUAAGAGUGAAUUUUUAUCCAAAGUGUCCACAACCUGACCUGACCCUUGGUCUAUCCUCUCACUCCGACCCAGGUGGCAUGACCAUUCUCCUCCCGGACGAGCACGUUCCGGGCCUUCAGGUCCGAAAAAACGGCAGCUGGAUUACCGUGAAGCCGGUUUCACAUGCCUUCAUCGUCAACAUUGGCGACCAAAUUCAGGUUCUAAGCAAUGCUAUUUACAAAAGUGUCGAGCACCGAGUGAUCGUUAAUUCAGCCCAAGAGCGUCUUUCACUCGCCUUCUUCUACAAUCCCAGGGGCGAUCUGCUCUUACAACCGGCGACGGAGCUCGUGACGCAGGAAAAACCUGCCUUGUACCCUGCCAUGACAUUUGAUCAAUACAGACUCUUCAUAAGGAUGAAGGGUCCUCAAGGGAAAUCCCAAGUUGAGUCUCUAAAAUCUCCAAGAUAAUGAUGGAUCUAUUAGUGUAUAGUUCAUCAAGUGUAAAUCAUUUUAUUGUUAUUUAUCCAUUUAGUGGCCAUUGGAUUAGCUUAAACCUUUGUAUUUUAGAGGGGUUGACAAAGAAAAAAGAGAGAGAGAAGGAUAAAAAAAGACCUAGGAGGUGGAUGGGUCUCAUUCAUUCAUGUUAUUAAUUCUAGGCAAAGGUUCGUGGCUCAUA